AUGGGAAAUACAGUGGACAAAACAAGUCCUGUGUAUAAACAAUACAGACUGCAACUCUUGGUCAAUCAGAUACAGAGUGGGUUGAUGUUCAUUUACCUUUUAUAUGCCGUAAAACAUGUAGUGAGUUCCUCUCAGCUUAGUACUAGAAUUCAAUCUCAUUCGAUCUAUUAAAGGUUUCACCGCCGCAUUUUUCAGGUUUGUGAGCACUGUGCUUUGCACUUUGAUAAUUUCCCGUGCAGGAUAAAAUUAAGUGAUAAACUAUAUUUUAUUUUAUUAUUAUUAUUAUUUUUUAGUUUGAGGGGGUAAGAGGGUUUAAUUUUUUCAGGUAUGCUGAUGUGUGUGACUAAAUGUUCACCUGCAAAUUAAACCCAAUGGGGAAGGGGGGCCUCAGAACUUACUUGUACAUGUAUGAACAGUCAGUAAGGGAGACAUAAGGAAGCCCUAUGAAGGAUGUGCUCUUGCAGUGCCUAGUGGCCCCCACCAACUAACUUUUGUUCUUAGAAGACUAAAAAGCACUAGGCUUCCUUGAAUUUUUCUUACAGCACAGCCUUGCCUAGCUUUUGAGAGAGUUGGACCUUCUCUAAUGUAAUUAUUGCAUUAUUAUUUAGUACUAAAUAAUCUCAACAGACGUAAUUGUUGUUUAAUACCAACAAAAACCUUCAGACCUGACAACUGUAGGUACAUAAACUCACUAAACUUACUUUUUAUUAUAGUAAGGUACUUAAAUAUUACUCUGUUUUUAAUCUGUUUUUAGAUCAACAGUAUGCUACAAAAGAUCUCCUGUCUUCAUUGAUUGAAGAACUCAAAGACAGUAGUUCUUCAAAUAACAAAAAUUAUAAAUGUAGAAAAUGCAGGUACAGCUCCCUAUAG